AAGAUAAAAUCAUUUCAAAGUUAUGUUUUAGGAAGCUUUUCCUGACAUGUUAGGGGCCUCUUUCAUUUCGCGACCGUUCAAAAUUCUCUCCACCUUUUCUAAGGCCCCAGUUCUUGCAUGGAACAUGAAGAUAAACGCCAGAGGAUGUCAUGGGAAGGGAAGACUAUCAGCCAGAUGUGAUUACGUCACGUCUCUCAUUGGUGGUGUGCACAAGAAGCUGUGCUGCUGUGUCAAGUCAUCACACGUCCAGCAGCGACACACACGCACAUGCACAAACACACACACAUCAAGAUCACUAAUCUGUAAAAGAUUGAUGAGGCCCACUCAGGCCCCGCGAGGCCUGGUCCAGCGUCGAUAAGGCGGCUUGCAUUUCACCGCCAUUCAACCCUCCUUCUCCUCCAAUCGGACACGGUGCCUUGACAAGGGGUGUGGCAGGAGUGGCGGAUGAUGAUGAAUUCAGGGACCUUGCACGGGAAUCGGGAGCCAUGACAGGUCACGGGAAGGACGCCUCGGCUCGGGCCGGUCAGGAGGAGGAGGAGGACGGCAUGUUAUCGUUAAAAUGGCGGACGAGCAGGAAGCUGCAGAGCUGAGACUGACUUAAGCCGCAUAAAACACACGCAAACACAUUCAGGACAAUGUGCAACAUCUCCUUCUGUAAUGUGGACAGCAAGGUGGAUCAGUUCUUCCAGCCCACGCUCUACAUCAUCGUCAUGGUGCUAGGCCUGCCCACCAACUGCUUGGCCUUGUGGGCUGCCUACAUGCAGGUGAGACAACACAACGAGCUGGGCGUGUACCUGAUGAACCUGUCCGUGGCAGACCUGCUGUACAUCGGCACACUGCCGCUAUGGAUCGACUACUUUCUCCAGCGCGACGACUGGAUCCACGGCCAGGAGAGUUGCAAACUCUUCGGCUUCAUCUUCUACACCAACAUCUAUGUUAGCAUCGCCUUCCUCUGCUGCAUCUCGCUGGACCGAUACCUGGCGGUCGCCUACCCGCUCAGGUUCGUUAAGGUGCGACGUGUCAAGACAGCCAUCCUGGUGAGCGCCACCGUGUGGCUCAUGGAGAUCAUAGCCAACUCAGCGCCACUUUUCCACGACGAGCUCUUCCAGGGUCGUUUCAACCACACUUUCUGCUUCGAGAAGUACCCCAUGCAGGAUUGGGUGGCGGGGAUGAACCUCUACCGGAUCUUCUUAGGCUUCCUGGCUCCGUGGACCGCCAUGCUGGUGGCCUACCGCGGCAUCCUGAUCGCUGUGCGUUGCAAUGUCUCCACUGAGCGUCAGGAGAAGGCCAAGAUCCAACGGCUGGCACUGAGUUUGAUUCUGAUCGUGUUUUUCUGCUUCGGGCCAUACCAUGUCCUCCUCCUUGUGCGGAGCGUGAUAUUUCUCAAGAAACCGUGCGAUUGCAGUUCCGAAGAGCGCUUGUUCGCCGCCUACCACGUCUCACUGGCGCUCACCAGCCUCAACUGUGUGGCCGACCCCAUUUUGUACUGCUUCGUCAACGAGGGUGCGAGGCACGACGUGGGCCGGGCACUCUCCGCGCUGCUGUCGGCAGCAUGCUGCAGGGGUUCCGCUUCCUCGCCGUCGCAGGCCGACGUGCUCAACGCCGCCUCCGUCACCUUGGAAACACCCAUGGCAACCAAGAAGCAGCCGUGCGUCUACGCCGACAAUAGCCAGGCCGGGGAAUACAAGACGGAACUGGUGGCGCUGAAGGAGGAAUGUCUGCAGAUGAGCAUACUCAAGUGAUUGUAGAUUGGACAAAAAAAUGUGCUUUGACGCAUUCAUCAGGGCUUCAGAUGAAAGUUUUGGUUUCAAAGUAGGAUUAGGGAUUCAAAUGACGUCUUCAAACUACAACUAGAGUUUCAAACAAGAGUUCGGGUUUCAAAUGAUCGUUUCACAUCAAGCUUUGAAUUUCAAAUCAGAGGUGGGGUUUCAAAUGAUGAUUCCAGACCGUAGUUAGGCUUUAAUAGUCUGAUUUUUUUGAGGCCAAUGCCAAUUCUGAUAUUCGACAGAAUAAAAUUCAAAGUGACUAUUCGGCUGUUUAAUAAUAGACAAAAAUAAUAAAUAGAAUAUCUUCUUUUUUUUUGGUCCCUUAAUGCUUACUACAGUAAAUACAUUUAAUUCCAGGCAGAAAAUUUGCCUUCAGUAUUUGUUUAAUACAUAGAAAAAUUGGCAAAAAUCGGCCAGUUUUUUUUGGGGGGGAGCAGUUUUUUUUUCGAAUGUUUGAACAUCAUUAUCUUUGUCUUAGGUUGUAAUGUGCAAAUGAGUACAAACAAUUUUUUUUAAAGCGUCACAAAUCAGCAAGUGUCUUUACAGAUUUUAAAAUAGCGAAUAACAGCCGAUUAAAUCACCCAUCUGAUGAUUAGGACGGGCCCUAUUUCAAAGGAAACUUUAAAGCCUGGGGUAAGGUUUUAGUUAACAAACAAGGUUCCGGAUUUCAAAGUAGGGUGAGAGAUUCUAAUUAGGGUUCAAAGGAGGAUUGGGGUCAAAUGAUCUUUUCAUGAUAUAGUUAAGUUCACAAAUUGGGGUUUCAAAGUCAGAAUUGGCUAUUGCACUUUUGUGUUUCUGGUGUCAGAAGUUGUGAUGCGUGCGAAGAUAAAGCAAAAUCUGUCACCAUCCUGUUGAGGUACCAAGCUCAGUGGUAGGGUACUAAAGGGACAUUUCCACAUCCGAAGCGCGAAGGGGACCAGAAGGCUUGAUGGGAAAGGUGACGGAGGACACGCCACUUCCUGUUGUAGAGGAAGCGAUGUUAGAUGUGAUCGACCAACAUUUGCCUGGAAGGAAUCAGGAAAGUUCAUUGAUGUCUUUCAGACGGGAUUCCAGUUGGGAUCCUUCUUGCAUGAACUGUAACUUUUUCCCGCCACGUCUGCCGAUGUCCACACUUUUAAUGCAUGCAUGGACACACUUUUUUUUUUUUUUUUGAAAGUGAAGUUUGUAAGUUAUUCAUUGUUUUAUUAAUGACCAGAUGAAAGCACAUUGUCACCUCAACAACGCAGACUCAAAUCUUUGGGGUCAUUGUCUUGAUUUAUGCGACUAUUUUCAAAUACUAUAUACCCUGUAAAUAUAUUUCAAAGUAUGGUUUCAAAGUAGGGUUCUAAAGUGAGGUUAGGGUUUCAAAUUGAAUAUUGAAUUGGCUAUUGAACAGACAGACCUGAAAACCU